AUGUCAAAAAAUUUAUAUGAUUCCGCAUUACUUCACAUUUCAUUACCUACACUUUCCACAAUAACGGAUUAUCAUAAGGACUUGAUUAAAGCUUCAGUUAACCGAGUCUCAAGUUUAUUAACAAUACUUAUAUCUUGUUCUGAAAUAAAUCAUUACGCAAACGACCCUUUAUCCGGUUGGACUCGAGUUCAUAACUUAUUAAGUGCGUUAUAUGUCUUCGGAACAAAAGUAGCUUAUGAAACUGAUAAACCCUUCCUUGAUAUUGAUAUAAUAUUUGAUAAGUGGUGUGGAUAUCAAGUUGAAGUGUCGAAUGAUAGGCAUUUUAAUGUUUUAUUUGGACACAUAACUGAAAAUGUGCGUUUACAACAAUUCAACGAAACUCGCAAGAAUUCUUUAUUGUCAAACUUACCAAUACAUAUUAUCGAAUCAAAAAUACCUCCACCCUCAUUCGAUUUGAUCGAUUCAAAUAAAAUUCCCUUACAGCCUAGCAAUCCAAAGACAUUUGAUCAUGUUGCUGUCGGUGGAACAUUCGAUCAUUUACAUUCUGGGCAUAAAGUUCUUUUAACAAUGACAGCGUGGAUAACUGGAAAAAGGUUAAUUUGUGGUGUUACUGAUGAUACUAUGCUUGAGAAUAAAAAAUUUAAAGAUCUUUUAGAAUCAAUAGAUACGCGUAUUGCAAAAGUCAAACAAUUCUUGGAAUCAAUUCGUCGGGGAUUGAUUUAUGAGGUAAUUCCAAUUUAUGAUGCAUAUGGUCCAACAACAACGGAUGCUGAGAUUAAAGCCAUAGUUAUAUCCAAAGAAACUAUGAAUGGGGCCCAUUCCAUUAACAAAGAACGCGAAAAGAAAGGAUUUCAACCUCUGCACCUGUCAAUAAUUGAGGUUAUUUCUUCUUCAAAUCCUUCUCUUUCAGAAGAUGAAUUAAAAAAUCUCAAGCUUAGUUCAACAUAUUUACGUUUUAUGAAAUCCAAUUAA